CUCUCGCGUGACACUCAAGCCCAACGCAGCGCGUGCUUUAACCGUUGCUGUGGAAACGCUCAACACAUUUUUUUCUCUCGUGAAGCAGCAGAGCCAUCUUACUUCCCUUCUUAAAGAUAAAUUGUAGAUUGGUCUGAGUUAAUCCAUCGUGCUUGGUUCUAACAGUCAUGAAAGGUGUGGUUCGGUCCGCUCCGUGUGCCGCGGUCAGACUCGGGGCUCAGGGGCGGCGGGACGAGACGCUGUGCUCCAUCCGGCGCGCCGAGCGCCUGGUGCUCCAGUCCCAUGUGCACGCGCUGGAUUCCGCCACACGCUAUCGGACACCACCGUUUCCAUCUAAACUCCCGGAUUUAGCGCUUCUGGCUCACAGUGUGAACGGAACGCAGCGUGAUGACGACAUCAAAACUCGACCUAAAUCCCCUGGGACUAUGUUGCAUUCAUUAGGCGCAAGCAGCCCGUUCCCACCACCUGCGCUGCGUGAGAAAAGUGCAGGCCUCAGCGUAGCAGUGGCUGCUGAAUACACCCGUGCCGUACUGCUAGUAGAAGGCCGUUUGCGGAGGCAGGCAUGGAGGAUCACUGAGGAAGCCACUAGGCUGGAUCAUCAGAAAGAAAAACUGGAGAAACUGUUGCGAAGUAUCAGGACAGCACUGCUCAUCAACCAGAAAACCACAGACGAGCGGAAACGAAGACCGGCCACUGAGACUGAAAAAGAUGGAGCUGAUCAUCUGCUUUGCCAUGAGAGGAAGGGCUUGAAUGAGCUGAAGCAGAAAUUGGAGACUCUGCUGAGAGACACUUUAACUCAGCUGCAGAUCCUAGUUCAGAGCAGCAGACAGCUCCUGGACUGUGCCUUUGAAAGAUCCAGGGUAAUUGAUCUGCUCCCUCAACAUGGAUCACCUUCAGCAGCUGUACAUCUCUCACUCUCUCCUCUGUCACUGAAACCUGACCCCUCUGGUCCAUUUACCCCAGAGUGUAAAGAGGCGCUAGAGUCAUCAGCAGCUGUGUUGCAGACAUCUCAGCAGCUCAGCGGGAGCAUUGAACAGGUCAUGUGUGACGCCGUCAUUAAACAGGCAACUCUGCAUCGCUCAGUCAAUGACGGUCUGUUGAAGAAAAUUGCAGAAACGCAGAGUCUACAGCAACGUCUAACGCUGAGCUCAGCGGCCACUAGACAGGCCAUCUACCGUAAACAGAGACAGAUGCAGUGUGCCAGCUACAGUCAUGGUAGAACUUUGGGUCCAGUCUCCUCUGACGACCUAUUCUGCAGAGAGAGGAUGAACAGGCCUGUUGUGCAAGCCUAUGAGAGACAUCCAAGUGUUCAGCUGCCUGAGUCCAGACUCCUAACACAGGGCAGUGUUAUGCUGAAGCAGCAUUUGGAGUGUGCAGAGAAAGCAGUAGAAGAGCUGCAGGUUGCACACUUGCAGCUGGAGGACGACUCGUGUGCAAAGAGAGUGGCAGCGAGUGUAGACUCCGCUAUAGUCCGGCUUCGAAGAAGGAAUAUACCUCACAUGUUUGUCCACUCAGUAAGCACAUAAAACGAUCACUUCUGUGUCUGCACUUUCAAACUCAUAAGUACUCCUCUGUGACCAGUUUUAUACUAGUGAUGUGUUGUUCAUGAACGAUUCCUUAAUUUUGAUUCCUUCAUCUUUAAAGCGCACCUUUUAUGGUUUGAUGUGCCUAAUUUAGUUUUAAAGGUCCCAUACAAUAGAUUUACAAGCAUCCAAGGUCACAAAACACUUUAAUGUGCUCAUAAUUUAAACUGCAGCAUUACCUUUUCCCCCAGUGUCAAAACGACUCGUUAAAUGAUCUGUCCUAAAGGAUUCGUUCUAAACUCCUCCUUUCAGAGAGCAUACUCUGCUCUGAUUGGUCAGAUGUCACAGUCUGUUGUGAUUGGUCUACCACUGUCAGCGUGUUUCAAUAAGGAAACGCCCACUACCAUAACGAGUUUCAGCUCCUUCUGUUCGCGAGCAGCUGAUGAAAAGCAGAGGCGGGGCUUUUUUUUACAACCCUACGUAGGUUAGUUCAGGAAGUAAGUCUGGAAUUACUAACGACUCGUUUCAGCUGUUCAGAAUCGCUUCCUUCUUUUGGGAGUCAAUAACUACGUUUGUCGUGCGCUUUGAUUUUUGAAACUUUGCAGACUUUUUUCAUUCACAAACAGCUCUAUAACACAUUACAUGAAAGAUAAUAUUUGAAAAACCAUAAUAGGUGCACUUUAAUAUGUCUUGGGAACAACGAAUUGUCUCCGAGAGUGAUUCGUUCAUUUUGUGUUGACCACGCAUGUGCUGCACCAUCCCCAUAGGUUCUGUACAGGAAACAGAAAGGAUUAGUUCACCUUUCGAGUCUUCGGGUUCAAGUCGUUCGUUCGUCGACUCGGAUCGGGGGGUGAGGUGAACUAACAGACUGCAUAGCCUGAAGACCAGCUAAGCAAUUAAUUAAUCAUUUCUGUUUCUCAUAAUUUGGCCUUGGUUGCAUUAGCUGAUAGUUUAUUUCUUAUUUUAAACGUGAUCAACAUUUGCGUAAAUACUAGAUGUGUUGGGGAAUUUAACGUAACAUUUUUAUUAUAUUCUGCUGAAGUGAACGAAACGACUCAAAAAAAGAUUCGUUCAUUUUGCUGAACGAGAUUCAAAGAUCCGAGUCAGUAAAAUGAUCCCAACUUCCCAUCACUAUAUUAUACAGGGUUGACAAUGUGAGUGUAUUACGUGUGUAGAUUGUAUUGAUGCUUUUUUUAACAGAUCGUAUUAACUGACAUAAUGGCCCAUACUGACCCAUACAUCUGGUGAUCAUUAAAUAAAAUUAAUCUUAAGCCUUUGUUUGUGUCUUUGUCUUUAAAAAUCAGUGAUUAAUUUGAAGGAA